AUGCGUCGGAUGCUGUGCUGCGGUAUUUCUCCUUCAAGUCACGAUGGAGACGACAAGCCUGCACAUCCGGCAGGAGCCAAGUCGACGCUCUCUCAACAACACUCCAAUGUGCCGAAACGCGCUGAUCCUCCAAAGCCGAAAGACGAUGCGCCAUCUUCCUCUGCCGUGACAAGUCCAGCAGAUAACGCGCAAACUAAGAAGCAAGUCAAUUCCAACCUAUGGGAUGAAGCCAUGGGAAGGCUCUCAGAAGACGACAAGGCGUGGAUCAACGGCAACUCCCAGCAGUUCCUAGAUUCGUCUGGCCCCGGAGUCCGUGGCAUCAUUGCUCUAGUUGAUCAAAAGCGACAAGAAUGCGAAGCCAACAGAUGGACAACUGUCCAAGUAUUCAGAACCACCAUUAAUCUAUCCGAUCUGGCCAGCAACGCUAUCACGUGGCUCAACAAGUUUAAAGAGGUUGGCGACACGAUUGUCCAGUACGACCCUGGACAUGCAGCCUUGCCGUGGGCCGCGAUGAGGUUUAUCCUUCAAUCCGCAAUUUCAUACGAAGAACACAUGGCGUUCUCGCUACUCAGCGUUGAGAAAACAACAAGGAUUGUCCACAGGUGCCAGAUCUAUGAGCUGCUCUAUAACUGCAACACAAUCAAUGCCCAGGUUGCCAGUGGUCUCGAGAAGGCCUUGGUUGACCUAUAUUCCUCACUCCUUCAUAUCCUCGCACGAGUGGGCAAGUUCCUCUGCAAAGGCACGGCACGCCGCUCCCUCUCUGCUGUCCUCAGGCCAACUGAGGGGGCAGACCUUCUCUCGGAACUUGAAAAGUUCGAGAACGAGGUCAACAAGGAAGCCUCAAUCUGCGAGAGCAAGCGGAGUGCCGAGGCUGAUUCCAAGUCUCAAGAGCAAAUACAAAAGCUUCAAUCUCUCCUAAAGCUUGAACAGCCCGUUCUUCGCAUUGACGAAAACGUCCAGAAAGCCCUUGAAAAGAUGGAGAUUGAGGAGCUGAUGCGCAUUCUUGAGUGGAUUUCUCCCCUGAAGUACUAUCAACACCAUAGGCUGGUCACGGAGGCGAGGACCAAAGGUACCUGCUACUGGAUUGCUAAACAGCCAAAAUUCUAUGAGUGGCGGAGUGAGACCUCUUCCACCACAUUCUGGCUCCAAGGAUUUGCAGGCACAGGCAAAACCUUCAUCACUUCAAGAGUCAUUGAUCUGGUCGCAGAGAACCUUGGAGGCCAACGAAAUCAUGAAGGAUUCGCCUAUUUCUACUGCAAUCAAACUGAGCCAGCUCGUCGACAGGCACUCUCAGUCCUCCGGAGCUUCAUCAGACAGCUUUCAUCACUCAGAUCCUUCUCUAGCCAUCUCCACUCCAAGCUAAAGCAGCUAUACGACGAGUCUGAGCUGCAGGGAGGAGGAUGGACAUUUGGUCUAUGCAAGGAAUACAUACUCGAUCUGUUCAACUUUUAUCCUCACACGACCAUCAUACUCGACGCCCUGGAUGAAUGCCCGGUUGAAGAGCGAAUGUUGUUGCUCAACACCUUCGAUUGGGCAUCGAGAUCUUCGUCCCGACCUGUCAAGAUCUUCAUCUCUAGCCGUCCAGAAGGAGACAUUCGGCAACGGCUCAUCCGCCUCCCCAAUCUUGAGAUUUCUGCCUGGAACAACAGCCACGAUAUUGCAGAGUUCAUCAAGGAGAGUAUAUACAGUCAAGACUCGCGGGCCCCGUGGACCCCAGCGUUGGCGAAAAACGAAGCCCUGAAAGAAAAAAUUGCCCGGACACUGAUCGAGAAGAGCGAUGGAAAGUUUCAGUGGGCGAGGCUACAAGUUGAUCAGCUCAGGAUCGUCGAUAAUGAGCAGGACCUCCGGACCAGGCUAGGAGAGCUUCCAGAAGAUCUCAAGUCAUCGUAUGAUGAGAUUUAUCAGAGGAUCCUAGACCGUCCCAAAUACUCGAGAAUUCGCGCACUGAGAGCCCUGAAGUGGGUCAUGGGCUCGCCCAAACCUCCAUUUAUGCAUGAGCUUCUGAACGCCAUACGUAUAGACCCCGACGCUAGGGUGAUUGACGAGCCUGGCGAAGUAACAGAGGAGCAACUUCUCGGCUGGUGUGCGAACCUGCUCAUGAAAGACAACUCAUCGUCCUUUUCUCCCAGCGUUUGUCGGCCGUGCCACCUCUCGGUGGUCGAGUAUCUCGAGGGUCGAUUCACGGAGCCCACUGCUCACUUCUUUGUUACGAUGGCCAAGUUGUUCCUUCUGCUUGUCCCGUCUGAUGACUCAGAGGAACCAGAAGGAUGGAACUGGCUCAUACUUAGUGAUGGCAGCCGUGGUCCAGGGGCUCUUACACCCACAGAGAAAGAUCUAGAUCCCAUAAUUGGUCGUUCCGGCCUUCAAAACGUUGCUCGAAGGGACUGGAUGGUCUAUGUCCAAGCAUACGACAAUCAUAGCAUCGACUUCCGGACCGCACCGUUCAACAGACUUGCUGCCAUGGUCAAGGAGUUUCUCGGCACACCGACUGAAAGCAGUAUGCCUUACAUCCGAUGGACUCGGUACGCCCUCAACAAUCCUUACUCUACCUUACGGUCGUCUACGCAGUUAGUGUAUGACUCCUUCGUUGACCCCGUAUCCAAUCCUCUCUUUGGUGUCUGCGUUUAUCCCAUUUUCUACCCCUUGAGAGACUGGUGGGAGCCGGGCAACGUGAAAUUCAACCACUUGGCCGUGAAUAGGGACGGAGAGAGUCUCUUGACCAUGGCGGCUAUGUCAGGUUGCAUACCGCUGUGUGGAAGUCUCAUCGAACGAGGGAUCCCGGUGAAUCCUACAAAUCAUGGCAAGCGCUUUGGCAGUCCUCUCGCCGCUGCGGCAGCAUCUGGACACACGCAUGUUAUCGAGUUUCUCGUCGACCGAGGAGCCCGGGUGGACCUGCUCCUCCAGGACGGCGAAUAUGGGAGCGCUCUCGCCGCAGCACGCAAUGUAGGCGUAUCCAAACUAUUGGUCAAUCUGGGGGCCGAUGUGAAUCUUCUGCUAGAAGCUGGAAGUUACGGCAGCGCUCUUGCUGCAGCCCAAUGGGACACAAAAACCGCCCAACUUCUCAUUGACAAUAGAGGAGAAGUGGACCUGCUCCUUAAAGCUGGAGACUAUGGCAGCGCCCUGAUAUGUGCGGCGGCCAUGAAGAAUUUAGAAAUGGUCCAGCUUCUCAUUGAUAACCGUGCAGAUGCCAAGCUGUCAGUGUCGACUGGGGAGUAUGGGACUGCCUUGAUUGCGGCUGCCACCGCAAACGAGGAGGAAUCAGAAAUUUCCGUGGAGAUAGCCCAGCUUCUCGUCAAGCAUGGAGCAGAUGUGGACUAUCUCCCAUCGACUGGCACCUAUGGGAGUGCUCUCAUUGCUUCUUGUGUACCCGGGCUCGGAGAUGCAAUCGAUAUUCUGCUCGAGAAUAAAGCAGAGGUCAAUGCGAUUGCUAAAGUGGGCGAUUUCGGAAGCGCUCUUAUUGCCGCUGCUUGCAAUAUAAGGGAUGGCAACCUCUAUCUCAUCAAUCUUCUGAUUGAGAAGGGGGCGGAUGUGGAUGCGCUCGUCCCAACCGGAGCAUAUGGUAGUGCCUUAGUAGCGGCUGCGACGACCGAUGUCAUCGCUUGCAGAUGCCUAGUGGAGAAAGGGGCAGAUGUCCGUCUUCGCGUGCCUUAUGGAUUCUACGGAAGCCCUCUCAUUGCGGCCAUGUGCUCGAGGUCGGACGAUAUAGUCAGAUUGUUGCUCGACAAAGAAGUAGAAGUUGACCAGAUUCCCGAUGGGGAGAAGGUUGACUUUGGAACGGCCUUGAUGGCAGGAGCCUACUGGGGAUUUCUAUCGGGCGUCGAGAUGUUGCUGGAGGCUGGGGCUCAAGUGAAUCUGCGGACCAAGGUUGGGAGGUUUAGCACUGCGCUCGCGGCUGCUCGAGCAGACUUGACAGAUGAGGGAGGCGUUUUUGGGGAAGACAUGUGGUAUCGCGAUGAAGAACGGGAGAAAUUGAGGCUCGCGGUGGAAAAGUUGCUGCUUAAUCAUGGGGCAACAGAAUGA